AUGGUUAUGAUGCCUUACCUUUCAGCUCUUGCGUUGGCCGUAGCCACUUUGAUCUUCUAUCUCUACAACAUUCUGUGGUUGAAGCCUGAGAAGAUUCGACGAGCUCUUAAGGUUCAAGGGAUCACGGGUCCUAAGCCUGCUUUCAUCGUAGGCAAUAUCCCUGACAUGAAAAGAUCAGAAAAUGAAAAAGGACAUGAAAGCAAAGAAGAAAGCAGUGAAAUAUCGCAUGAUUAUUCCUCUACCAUCUUUCCGUACUUCAAUCGCUGGAGAGAAAUAUACGGUCCAGUUUUCAUGUUUUCGUUCGGUAGCAGCAUUUCCUUGUAUGUGAGUGACCCUGAUUUAGUGAAGGAAAUAAGUACAAACAAAUCUCUGGACAUAGGAAAGACUACCGCUUCGAACAAAAGCUUUACUGCUCUCUUUGGCAAAGGUAUCAUAGCAGCUAGCGGACAUGAAUGGGCAAUUCAAAGAAAGAUCAUAGCACCUGAAUUUUUCAUGGAGAAGGUUAAGGGUAUGGUGGAUUUAAUGGCAGAAUCAUCCCUUCCUUUGAUGAGAUCAUGGGAAGGAAAAAUUGAGCGUGGAGGGGGAAUCUCAGAUAUAAAAAUAGAUGAGGAUUUCCAGAGCUAUGCUGCCGAUGUGCUUUCUAAAGCUUGUUUCGGUAGCAAUUAUGCUGAGGGAGAAGAGAUAUUUUCUAAGAUUACAAGCCUUCAGGUGGCUAUACCUAUGAAAAGCAUGCUAUAUAGACUUCCAGGAUCAACGUAUCUACCCACUAAGAACAACAGGGUUGUUUGGGGACUGGGCAGUGAAAUUAGCUCUUUAAUUCAAAAGAUAGUGAGAGAACGAAAGAAAGGAGCAAAUGGCGAGAAAGACCUUUUGCAAUCAAUUCUGAAGAAUUCCAUAGGAGAAGGUGUAGACAAAACAUUCAUCGUCGAUAACUGCAAGAACAUAUACUUUGCAGGUCAAGAGACCACUGCAACUGCAGCAAAAUGGGCUUUGGUUCUUCUCGCUUCUAAUCCACAGUGGCAGACUCUUGUACGGGAAGAGAUCAUGGACGUAUGUGGAGAUCAUAAGCCUGACAUGGAGAAACUAAAGAAGAUGAACUUGCUAACACAAGUGAUACAAGAGACUCUUCGCCUCUACCCAGCAAGCGCCAUUAUCGCAAGACAAAUUUACGCAGACAUGAAAUUUGGGGAUCUACUAAUCCCAAAAGAAACUUCCCUGUGGAUCCCAAUACUCAAUUUCCAUCAUGACCCAAAUCUUUGGGGACCUGACGUUAAUGAGUUCAAACCUGAAAGAUUCGCAAAAGGAGUCUCGAGCGCCUGCAAGCAUCCACACUUGUAUAUGCCAUUUGGGUUCGGCCCUAGAACCUGCUUGGGUCAGAAUUUUGCUAUGGUUGAGUUAAAGAUUGUGUUGGCUUUGAUUUUGAUGAGGUUUAAAGUUUCGCCCUCAAGAAAACAUAGGCACUCUGUGGAGCUUAGGCUGCUGCUAGGGCCAAAGAAUGGUGUACGUCUUGUGAUAGAGAAAGUUUAGUGAGGAGUUUACGCACUGAGUGAGAAUGUAAUU